AUGGCAAGUCCUACGCAAAAUGUUCUUUUCCUCACAAAUUGUGAACUGGGACAGUGUAAUAUAGCCAUCGCCGUGGCAGAAGAAUUCAUACUCAGCGAUAAGUUUACUGUGCAUAUCGCUUCGUUUCGCCCACUCGCCGCAUUCAUAGAGAAGCUAAACAGAAAAGCGCCGAGCUCAAAGCCUGCGACAUUCCAUGAAAUACAUGGACCUUGCAUGGAAGACCUUGCCGUUCGUAGUAACGUCGGCCUUAUAACGCACAAGCCGGGAGUUUUGGGGACAAUAGAAGGUUUCCAGAAAGUUAACCGGGUAAUGUCAAGCUGGACUCCACAAGAGUACAGAAGGGCAUUCGAGCGAUGCGUGGAUAUCUUGAAAGAAGUUCAGCCGGUUGUGAUUGUUUUGGAUCCGAUCCUUCACGUGGGCUUAGAGGCCUGUCAAGGGUUUACGUCUCAACUUGUGGUUCUUUGGCCUGUGCCAUUGAAAGAUAUUGUUAUACUGAGCCAGCCUUGUGCAAGAGCCUUGUGGCAGUAUCCGAUCAAUAUUGAUGACCAUACGGCAUUCUCCAUCAGUUGA